AUGUCAACAAAUAGUUUACGUAUUCGUUGUCUCUCAUUGAAAGAUGCUGAUAAUCAGCCAAUCUCAAAUAUAUUAUUCUAUGUGAAAAAAUUAGCACAAAUACCAACAUCAGCUGAACCUACAAUAAAACUAAAAGAAAAAGAUUCGAAAUUAUCUAUUGUUCUUGCUUGUAAUGAAACAUUUGAUAUGUUAGCAGAUGAUGAUUUUUGUCAAAUAUUAUUUAUUAAUUCGAAUUCAAAAACAGAUGUAUUUGCUGAUCUUACAUUACAACGUAAUGAUCUUGUAGAUGAAUAUACGAUUAAUUCAUCAUAUCAUAAAAAUCAUCAACCAGAAUUGAUUUGUAGUGUUGAUGUAGAUAAAAAUUAUAUAUUUCAAUUUAGUCUUCAAUUAGUUGAAAAUUCUGUUAAAGAAAAUAAACGUAAUCGUAAAAUAUCAACUAAUCAAUUAAUUCGAGGUCAUCUUAUGCUAGUUAAACAAUUUAAUAAACCUGUUUCAUGUGCUAUAUGUAAUAAAUUUAUUUGGGGAAUCUAUCAUCAAGGUUAUGAAUGUUCAUAUUGUUUAUUUGUUACACAUCGAAAAUGUCGUCAAAAUAUACCUUUCGAUUGUCAACAAUCAAUCAAUUCUAAAUCUAAUCUAAUAUCGAAAAAUUAUCAAUGUGAAUCUGUAAGUUUACAUCGAUUUAUACAAUAUCGAGCACCAUUUGUUCAAUCGUUAAUAUCUCGUGAACAUAAACAUUGUAAUCAUUGUGGUUCACAAGUAUUACGACAUGCUCUGAAAUGCAUACAAUGUCAUUUUAUUAUUCAUAAACAUUGUGAACAACAUGUUCCAUCCAUGUGUAGUAUACCAUAUAUGUUAAUUGGAAAACGAGCUAACACAGAAUCCUCAAGAUCAGAAAUCACAUCAACAAUUUCAAAUGAACCUGAAAUAAGUAAUAUUAUAAGUUCACUACGUAGAUAUUCUACUACUUCAUCAAUCAGUUUUCCACCUUUAAAUUUAUUGUUGAAUGAGAACGUAAUUUCAUUACCAAAAUUUUCCGAUUUUAAAUGUAUUGGUUGUCUUGGCAGUGGUCGUUUUGCGAGUGUAUAUUGUGUUCAACAUAUUCCAUCAGAAAAAUAUCUUGCAAUUAAAGUUAUUGAUGGUUUAGUUGAAUCGGCACGACAACAAUUUGAAGUUGAACGACAAAUUUUAUAUCGUUUUAGUGAUAGAAAUCCUUAUAUGAUUAAAGCGUAUUGUUCAUUUCAUCAAGGUAGUAAAUUAUUUCUUGCUAUGGAAUUUGUUGAUGGUGAUACAUUACAUGAUAAAAUUCAUAAAAAACGUAUGAAUGAAAAUGAAAUUAGAUUUUAUCUAGCAGAAAUUAUAUCUAUCAUACAAUAUUUACAUGCCAAUGAUAUUAUUUAUCGUGAUUUGAAACUUGAACAUAUAAUUGUAAAUUCUUCAGGUCAUAUACGUCUUGUUGAUUUUGGAUUAGGACGAAUAUUAAGAACUUCUGAUGAAAUGUGUCAUACAAUUUGUGGUACACGUGGAUAUUUAGCACCCGAGGUUCGACUUUUAGAACAAAAUUUAACAAAAGAUGGUUAUAGUUAUUCUGUUGAUUAUUGGGCACUUGGUAUGAUAUUUGCCCAAAUGUUAUGUGGUGAACAAUUCGAUUUUCAUCCUCAAUUAUCAUCAGAUAAUAAUAAUGAAAUAGGCUAUCAAUCAAUUAUUGAUGAAAAUUUACAAUUAUCUCGUGAUAUUAGUCCAGAAGCUCGAGCAUGUCUUAAUGGUUUACUUGAAAUUGAUCCAAAAAAACGUUUUGGUUCGCCAAAUUCACCACACGGAUCUUUGCGCGAACAUCCAUUUUUUCAUGUUAGACAAAAAAUUAAUUGGCAAGAAAUUGAUGAAGGUCUAUUUAAAUCUCUCUAUAAUAAACAAUCAAUUAUACGAAUUAUUUCUGAUAUGCCCGAUGAUAUACCAUUUCCAAGAUUAUUAUUUGAUCGAAGUAUUCAAGCUAAAAAUAGUUGGAUAAAUGCUGGAAAAUCAACAUGUCUUCCGAAUGAAGAAGAACAAUUUAAAUUAUUUGAUCAUGUAAAUCAAUCAACUUGGUAUGAAUUUAACUAG